AGUGAAAUAUUCCCUCGGCCACUGCAGUCAUUGUGAACCAGCAGGGCAGACGCACACGUCACUGGCGUGCCGUUGCUGCUUCUCUGUUGGGUACAGGGGUGAGAGGGACUCUACUUCAUUCCUCCUGGAAACCAGUUUGGUCUUGGUCCUUCUUCACUCAAGUGUGUAGAUGUGCUGUGUGUUUUCUCUCAUGUGGAAUCAAAAGCUUGAGCACCAACUUUGUCAGUGGAUUUGGGGCUGUUGAAGAAGAAGACUACUAAAGAAGCUAAAGAAGAUCAGGCAGAAGAUGACCUGAUUCCUCAGAAGUGAAAGACUCCAGGUGAAUGUGUCAUUCCCAUUUCACCGGGAUCGUUUCCAAAGCCAGAUGGAUUCCUACCAUUUCCAUUUUGAGAGAAUGAGCAACCUGGACCUGCAUCCUCUGAGCCUGCCUGUGAGUCGGCUCUCUCCAGCCAAGUCCACCAGCAGCAUUGACCAAUUCACCCACCAUCACGGCAAGGGUGACUCGGCCUACAGCUCCUUUUCUGGGGGCUCCAGCGCCCCAGACUACCCCUCUACCUUCUUUCCCGAUGACCUCCAGCACCACAGCCUGCACUAUGCCGACCUGAAGUAUGUGAAGGCCAUCUACCACCCCAGCGCCCUCGACUCUGACUCUAAGAGCAUGGAUCAGCUCUACCGCUCUGUGGAGGCAAUCUCAAACCAGUAUCGCCAAAACCGCCACAGCGUAGGCUCGCUGGGCGCUGGGCAGUUCCCCAAUCAGAAUCCAAAGAUGCCACCGCCCCCUCCUCCACCGCCCCCGCCCCCGGCCCGCAUGGACAGCUUCAUAGCCACCAGGAACCUGGAGAACUGCAGGGCGCAGCACAGUCCCCGGGCGAAUCCCAGUGCUGCGUGUCUCAGGUCUGACCUGGCCUAUGGCCGCAGGGCCUCGCAGCCCUAUCGCAGGGACACGUUUCAUCCUGAGGAGAACACCGCGCAGCAACAGUCAGCUGACUUAUUAAGCCCGUCAACCCCUCGCACGGGUCAUCAUGAGCAGCGCCCCAAACAGCACAGUGUUGGGGGCGGCCACUCGGGGGGCCAGCACAAGAGAGUUCACUCGGCCCACCGGUCCCUGAUGCCGGAACCGCCGCGCUCCGCCAGCCCUUGGCAUGUGGCACAGAACAUGGUCAACAGCAGCAUCCAGCACAAGGGUCAGUUCUACUUCGUGACAGGCGUUUGUAAGUCGUCCGAGUCCGUCCCGAAGCAUGGUUCCGUGUGCGUGUCGGAGGUGGGCAGAGAGAGCCCCGUGCCAGUUGAGGGGUCCCACUGCACUGUAGACACACUGUUCAGGAACACCCAGCAGAGGAACCACAACACCCCUAACACCAUGACAACCGACGACAGGGAGUUUUACACCAAGAGCCAGGAUGUAAAGUCGAGAAACCUUGAUGAGGAGAAACCGGCUCAGCGUAGGAUUUCAUACGCCACUUCUCACAUUUCAAACCAUGCACCCCAUAGUUUCGAUGAUUUAGAACAAAGUCACAAUGUCCAGAGCAGAGAGAUCGGCCGGCAACACAGCUCCAACCACCACAUCUUCUACUGCGGCCCAGAGAACUGUAUACCAUCAUCAAACUCCCACAACCAGGAUUUGUCCCAGGUAAGCCACUUUCCGAUCCUCAGUAAAAGCUUUGACCAGCUUGACCAGCUAUGCAACAGGCAGGCGGGACCAGGAGCAGACCAGGAGAUGAGGAAUGUGGCGUUCUCCGCCGGGGGCCAGGGUAUGGAGAAGGCCCAGGGGCAGACCAAGAGAAAACCUCUCUUCAAGCAGGACUCUGCACCCCAGCUGGGCACGGAGUCUGUCCCCCCAGCCUCUCCACCAGGCAGCCCGGAGCAGGCCGCCCACUGCCAGAGAGACGAAUCGGCCGAGGGAGGGAGGAAGCCGCUGUUUGGAGAUCUUGCCAGAGAGAAGAUCAACAAGGAAACCACUCCACUUUUGUACCACCUCACUGGAGCUAACAGAGAAGCGCUAGGUUUGUACAAGCCUAGGAAAGAAAACGAGGUCGGUGGAAUAAGUAAAGAUGGCUUCAGGGCAGCUCAAAAGGACACCUCAGAGAGCUGUGGGGGCGAGACACCUCUGGCUGGGACGUCAAAGGAGGAGAGAGAGGAUGUUUCCCACCCCUGCAACACACUGGACAACUCCUUCAAGAAGUACUACAAGGAGAAACUAAAGGACGCCCAAUCCAAGGUCCUUAGGGAGACCUCCUUUAAGAGGAAGGACCUGCAGCUGUCCUGGCCCCACAGAGUGAAGCCGAGGCCUGGGCCCAGGCCCACUGUACUUCACACUGUCUCCUCUUCACAAGACUCGGAGAACCCAGCAGGCACACUCGCCCCAUCCCCUACGCACUCUGAGGGCACACGCAGGGAGAACGUUCCACAAAUGGUGGAGGCGACUGGGAUGGAGAUUGAGAGUGAACUGGUGAGGGAAAGUCAGACGGAGAGCGGGAGGCCACUGAAUGUUGCCCAGCCUCAGGUGGCUCGUGUCGGGGCCAGGAGACGCCUCACACCGGAGCAGAAGAAGCUGUGCUACUCAGAACCAGAGAAGCUGAACCAGCUGGGUGACACACCCUACAAGCACGCAGCCUGCCAUUCUCUGGACACCGAAAGGGAACAGGGCCGGCUGGAGCUCUCAAGUGAGGAGGGGGAUUUGGGAGAGCAGGGCCUGGUGGCAGCUAGGAGGAAGAUGUUUGAGACUAGAGGCAGGGCUCUGUCCACCUCGAGCCUCUCAAAGACCUCCCUGAAGCACCUCCAGCACAAGGCCCUGGUGGCCUAUAUGGAGCGCAAGAUGGGCCACAAGGUGGCUGAGCCCUGGCAGCCCGUCCCUCAAGCCCCUCCGGCACCUCCUGCCACUCAGUCUCCCAGCCUGAGGCACUCAGCAUCAGUGAGGACCUCUGACUCGAGUCCCAGGCCUCAGUCUAGGAAUAAAGGCCCCAAGAAGAAGCUGCACAGGCCCCAUUCUGCUGGCCGCAUCCUGGACUCUACCUCCAGCUCCAUCAGGUACGCUCAGUUCAGCUCUAGCUUCACUCAGGCUGGAGAUCAUUCAAAACAGGCUGCUUGCGGGGAUUCACCCAGCCCCUCUCAGGGGAAGUCGGCCUCUGUAGAGAGUCUUCUGGACCAGACAGAGUUUUUCAGAAACCGCUCCACUUCCACACCCUACGCAUUUCAGGGUCAUAACCACAUAAAUGAUCCGUCUCCAGUCAAUACUGUGGACAGUUCCAGCUGUCAGACUCCGAGGCCAGUUGAUGAGAGCGUGGUGGUACAGGGAGGCCAGGCGGUGUCAGAGCCUGAGGAUCAGGGGCUCCGGGUGGCAGCCCAGCGGGGAAAGUCCCUGGAGGAGCUGGGUGUGUCCCAGGACAGCCAGCCCCCUGUGCUCUCUAGGAACUCCAAGAAGCCCCUGCUUAAACGUGACUCUGCACCACAGCUGGGCAGCAGGGAGGACAGUGGGAGGACGACUGAAAGCACCACCGGGUCCGGUGCGUCAGUCCACCCAGAAACAAGCACCUCGUCCUGGGGCAGGGCUCUCUCAGUUGGCUCCUCUGGAUCAUAUGACUUUGGCCCUCUUGUUAAAGACGAGGUGAACGCGCUCCCCUGUGUUGUCAUACCGCCACAGCCCCCUACCUCUCAGGAGUCCAGUGAGAGAGAGGUUAGGUCUUCCUCAACAUCUCCGUCUACACCCGUGCAUCUCAGGGGUGCUGGCUCGGGUUCCAGCAGAGGGAAGACCGUGCCUCCCUUGCAGCACCCCAUGGAGAGGGAGGAGUCCGUGGAUGAGCCCAGUGAGUCCCUUCAGGCCGAGUCCUCUCAAGAAGUCUCCCUGAGCUGUGGAGUCACUACAGACCCCGCAAUGUGGGCCCUGCCAACUGUCUCGGGGCGCGAAGACGGGGCCAAAAGCCCGGCGCUGUCGGAUGAUCUGGCUGAGGGGGAGGCUCCGCCCCCAGACCCUGUUCCGGCGGAUCCCCCGCCAACGUCCGGCACCACACCGGUCCUUGGUACUGACGCCCGCCUGAGUGAAGAGAGCGGGCCCCCAGGGGAGGACAAAGACACUAAGAUGGGGGGAGAGAUGCCGGCGGGUGAGACGGAAGAGGUGAGUGCAGAAAAGACACUCGGCGCCAAGGAACCGGGGUGGGAGGAUCUUGUGAUGGAGGUGGUCACAGCCGACCAAUCUCUUGCUCGGGUGCUGUACCCGUUGACCAAUCGAAAGACAGCGCUGAUGCUGAUGGAGCAGCUACUGUCAGAGGACACUCUGCUGAUGGAGGAACACUAUAAGAAGAAGCAGGAGACCAGAGGAGGCAGCGGGAUGCUACACACCGCCGACAGCUCUGAAACAGUCGAAGACGCUGAAGCUUCUCCCACAUCUCCUGAUGAUGCAAUAGCGCAACUCCAACCAGGGCCACUGAACAAGAUGGAGGUCACAGAGAAGAAGAAGCUGCUCGUAGCGUGCAUUGAGGAGCGCCUGCGGGCCCUGGAGGAGCCCCGGGGCGCCCUGCGGACGGAGUUGCAGGAGAACGGGAAGCGCGGCGAGGCCGUGGAGGCCCUGGUCAGGGAGCUCUGUACGCCGGCGGAGCUGGAGCGCUACGGCUUGUUCGUGGGAGACCUGGAGCGCGUGGUCAGCCUGCUGCUGUGCCUGUCUGCCCGGCUGGCCCGCGUGCAGAACGCCCUGAGCACCGUGGACCAGCACACGGACGCAGAAGAGAAGGAUUCUCUGGACAACCGUCACAGUUUGCUGUGUAAACAGAGAGAGGACGCCAAGGACCUGAAGGACAACCUGGACCGCCGGGAGCGGAUGGUGUCCAACUUCCUCUCCCGCUGCCUGACAGCUGAGCAGCUCCAGGAAUACCGACGUUUCAUCCAGACCAAGGCCUCGCUCCUCAUCAGGAUGAAGGACCUGGACGAGAGGCAGCGGCUCGGGGAAGAGCAGCUGGAAUCUCUGCUCAACACCCUCCCUUCAUGAUGACCAACACCAGGCACCUAACCUACCAUUGUGUCCCCUAGCCGUCCAUCAUCUCUCUGGGCUUAUGGAGCCCUGAAUUCCCCUUUGCUUAUACCGUCCAGCCAGAACAAUCACACAGAUGCCUUCAGAAACAAAAUCCCUCAGACUCUAUCAGUCCCUUUACCUGUUGAGGGGAUUUCUUUGUGAACUAUCCUGUACAUCACCUAUUAUCACUUUUAUUUCAUGUCCUCCCUUUUCCCCUUUGCCUGCAACUUGGAAAAAAUGAUAAGCUUUAAGAUUGUACUCUGGCCUGGACGUAGCCUUGGUUACCAGUCAAAAUGUAGACUGUAUCUGAAGACUGGUAUUUGAGACUAACCUGAAAGAGGGUGCUAAAUACUAUGUAUGUUAGUAAAAAUAGCUGGUAGAUUAAAUCUCCUUGUGUUAUACUUUUUUCUCGCAUUUGAAAAGAUGGCACUAUUGACAAAACCAAAAAGGUGAAUGAAAAUAAGCACUUUGACAUAAC